GCGUCCUCCAGUUGUGGAUUCACUUUUCUGAGCUUUUAUUAACGUUACCGGGUGAUUUUCAGCCGAAAAGAUGGACGUAUCCCGCGAGGCACAAACCAAACCGCUUUCUACCUUGUCUGCUUUCAGCUACAUCCCACCGCGGCGAAAGGACGCCAAAGAAAUGUCUUACUUCAACAGAGACUCCAAGGCCCCAGAAGUCACCACGUUUGACCAAGUGUUCCACCAGGUGGAGGGUUAUGAUGUCAGGCUGCACCGAGAGGACAGGAAACACUACAAAGGACGAGGAUUAGACAUACACCAGGAGGAGAAGUCCAGAGCAGUGCCAGUGCGCGCCUCUUCAGAAUAUGGACGUCGUCCCAUCCCUGUCGUCUACGAAACAAGCCGGCAGUACGCUCGUGUAGCUUGCAUAAACGCUGAAUUUUUCAUGAAAAAUGGGAUCAUCUGGAAUGUGGCCGAAGGAUACGGAUCAGUGGCCCCAAUCUAA